UUGAUGCGGGGAACUGAAUUGUGUAACCGAUUCAAUUUUAUUGCUGCUUCCCGUAUCAACACAACGUUUAUAACGAAAAAUCCAACAUCCGUAAUGAAUGAACUAGUCGAUAGAUUCAUGGUGGGCGGCGAUAAUACUACACCCAGUUUGUAUUUUUUACCGUUUAAUUCUGGCAACGGUGGUCACUGGGUGUUGGUUGCUAUGGAUCUUUCGAGACUAAUGAUGUAUUAUCUCGAUUCGUUACCGGGUAAUUGGAGUAAAUAUCCGAGUAUGAAGAAGACGGUUGACGUGGCAAUACUAAAAUUUAGAUCGAAAAAGAAUUAUUGUAAUAGGAAGGACAUUACCUGGGUCAGACUUCGUAACUAA